GCCUUAAAAUGUCUCCUCCCUCCGGCCGAGUUGAAAGAGUCGGGCUUGCGUCUGAUCCUCUCUUCCUCUUUAUCUUUUUCUUUUUCCCAACUUCACCCGACGCCAGUUUGUCCCGCCGGCAAGUAUGGCCCCUCCUGCGCCUACAAUUGUCCCGUCUGCUAUUUUGACCCCGACGUCGCGAUGGCAACCGCCGUCCUGACUGAAUCGACGCUGAGAACGGAACAGCUACGUCAGUCUCCAGUUGACAGGCCUCGACAUCCCGCCGACUUUGGCAUCGCCAUGCGUCAUUCCGCCAACCCUUGGCGGGUCUCAAAGUCGACUCCGCUUGGCUUCGGCCUGCGAGAAGUCGAUUCGAGCGCCGCCACGAGACCGCUGUCCAUCUGCCAUCCACAGACGGGCCAGUGUCCCUGCCCUCCGGGCUCCCAGGGCUUGGACUGCAGUUCGCCAUGCCCCAGCGACAGAUUCGGUCCGGCCUGUGCUCAGGUGGGCGACAGAAACCUUGUUGCAUUGGGCUCGGGUUCAGGUUCAGAUUCGAGUUCCGGCUCUGCUUUGACUUUGGAUUCGUGUUUGGGUUCGACUUUGGAUUGGAGAUCGGGUUUAUGUUCGAGUUCUGGCUUGGGUUUGACUUCGGAUUCGUGUUUGGGUCCUACUUUGGAUUAG